AUGCCCGCCGAUGUGGGGACGCAGAUUUGCCGAUGUGGUGGCUGCCGCCGUCGAUUCAGAGUAUCGGCUAGUAUCCAGUCUGAUACAUUUAUGUGCCGAAGAUGUAUUCGGGAAGGCCGUAGGAGAGCGAGUGAGGUUGAAGCUGAGGAAAGGGAGAAGCGCCUAAAUUCACUCAAUAACGCCCCUAAGAGGGUCAUGACGCUACAUCGUGUGAGCUCGCAUUUCUUCCGUAUGAAAUCGAAAGUCUUCGGAAUCGAAUCGUCAUCGGACAGUCUAUCUGAUACUACCGAGAACCACACCAGGAGCAACAGUAGGACAAAUUUCAAUAUACGUCGUGGCUUCACGAGAGCUGUCGAUGCUGGACAAGUGGAAGUACCCGACAGUGAACAGUGUAAAAUUUGUUUCGACGCCGAGGCCAGAGUGGUGCUAUUGCCGUGUGGACAUGGAGGACUUUGUGAAGGCUGUGCUAAGGAUCUGAUAAUGGCCUCGAGCGAAUGUUAUAUUUGCCGUCAACCAGUUAAACUCAUUGCUAAGCUAGGUCGUAAGGCAGUGCCGCGAGCGAAUAGUACGGUGAGUGCAAUAAGUAGACAAGUGUCUGGUAUGAGUGCUGACAACUACCUGGCUGAGGUGGUUGGUCCGGACCAACUACACCAUCUCGAGAGCCGUCGUGCUGCUGAGCUCCAGCAACAGCAACAGCAGCAGGGAAACAGGUUUGGGGUUAUCCCAUCUGAGCCCUCGCAGUCUACGAUCCGGCCUCUCCAGGCGGUUGGCAGUACUGGGGAAAAUCUGUCUAUGGGCACUCCUGCUGUAGCAGUGGAAAUGUCUCAGCUGAAUGACGAUAAUACGGCACCACUACAACGGACUGCGAGUGUAACAGCCACGAGCUCCCCAGAGAGGAUGGAUGCUGCAGACGGAGCUUCUACUUCAGCUGCACUCGACCCUAGUGCUAUGCCUAGGCCUCCGAGGUUGCCGACAGGGGCUGCGGAGACUGGAACUCUCGGUGAUUUACCGUUAUGUGAGAGUGGUGAGAGUCAGCCUGAAGAGGAGGCGAACCCCGCGUCAUCACCUCCUGGA